AUGGCAGAGCGGGUGAGGACCGGAGGCAGCCAUGUGCAGUUAGCCACUCUCAACCGGUUUGAGCAGGAGGCCCCUGGAUCUGGAGAGGUGCUAUGCACCCAGGUCCCCUGGUGUCGUGUAGAGAACAAGCGCAGAACUAAGCAUGUGCAGAAGAGCAUCAACCCAGAAUGGAAUCAAACUGUGAUUUACAAAAGCAUCUCGAUGGAGCAGCUCAAAAAGAAGACACUAGAAGUUACUGUCUGGGAUUAUGACAGAUUCUCCUCCAAUGACUUCCUUGGUGAAGUACUGAUUGACUUGUCUAAUAACUCACACUUUGAUAACACACUGAAGUGGUAUUCACUAAAGGACCAAGCGGAAAAUAUUGACCAUGCAAAGUCCCAUUCUGGACAAAGCAGCCAGCAAUCACCAAAACCUUCAGUUAUUAAGAGUCGGAGCCAUGGUAUCUUCCCAGAUCCAUCCAAGGAGAUGCACGUGCCCACCAUUGAGAAAUCCCAGAGCAGUCCUGCCAGCUCAAAAUCAUCUUCAGAAGGACAUUUCCGUUCUCAUGGGCCAUCGCGAAGUCAAAGCAAAACCAGCGUCACUCAGACCCACCUGGAAGAUGCUGGGGCCGCUAUUGCUGCAGCAGAAGCCGCCGUGCAGCAGCUCCGACUCCAGCCAAGUAAACGACGCAAAUAA